AUGCCAUCUCAGAUGGAACAUGCCAUGGAGACGAUGAUGUUCACGUUUCACAAAUUUGCUGGAGAUAAAUGCUGCUUAACCAAGGACAACCUGAAAGUGCUCAUAGGGAAGGAAUUCCCUAGGUUUUUGGAAAACCAAAAAGACCCUCUGGCUGUGGACAAAAUAAUGAAGGACUUGGACCACUGCCGAGACGGCAAAGUGGGCUUCCAGAGCUUCUUUUCUCUGAUGGCUGGCCUCACCAUCGCAUGCAACGACUAUUUUGUAGUACAUAUGAAGCAGAAGGGACGGAAGUAG